AUGAAGACAUUCGCUCUCAUCGCUUUGGUUGGUCUUGUAGCCGCUCAAACCCAAACUGGCAUCACCACCAGAUACUGGGAUUGCUGUAAGGUUUCCUGUGGAUGGUCAGGAAAGGCUUCAGUCAGUGCUCCAGUAACUUCUUGUGAUGUUUCUGAUGCCCCAUUGAACGACCAAGGUAACACUCAAUCUGGCUGUGAUGGUGGCAGUGCCUACACUUGCUCAACUCAACAACCAUGGGCUGUCAAUGACACUUUGGCCUAUGGUUUCGCCGCUGUCAACAUUGCUGGCCAAUCUGAAUCUGACUGGUGCUGCUCUUGCUACGCCUUGACCUUCACCAGCACUGCCAUCUCUGGAAAGACCCUUGUUGUCCAAGCUACCAACACUGGUGGAGAUCUCGGAUCCAACCAAUUUGACUUGGCCAUGCCCGGAGGUGGUGUUGGAAUCUUUAACGGAUGUACCGCCCAAUGGGGAGCUCCAUCUGAAGGCUGGGGUGCUCAAUAUGGAGGUGUGAGUGCUGAAGCCGACUGUACUCAAUUGCCAUCUGCUCUUCAAUCCGGUUGUGACUUCAGAUUCGACUGGUUUGAGAACGCCGACAAUCCAAAUGUCAGCUUUGAACGUGUCCAAUGCCCAACUGCCAUCACCGCCAAGACCAGCUGUAUUCGUACUGACGAAUCUUCGUAUCCAGCUCUCUCUUAA